GCAGAUCAGGACCAGAUGAGCAGAGCGAGGUUCCUGUGAAGAUCAGAGUGGCUCCAGCCCUGCCCCAGGAAGUGGCCCAGCAGCGCUGCGUCUCCGGCUGUCAUCACUACGGACCUGGAAAAGAAAGAAGAAAAGAAGAAAAAUGUCCCAUGCUUUAAAGCAAGUGUUCAAUAAAGACAAAACCUUCCGGCCCAAGCGCAAGUUUGAGCCGGGGACUCAGCGGUUUGAGCUGCACAAGAAGGCUCAAGCCUCGCUCAACGCUGGCCUGGACCUGAAAGUUGCCGUCCAGCUGCCGCCGGGAGAGGAGCAGAACGACUGGGUGGCCGUGCACGUGGUGGACUUCUUCAACCGCAUCAACCUGAUCUACGGCACCAUCAGUGACUAUUGCACAGAGCAGUCCUGCCCCGUCAUGUCGGGGGGGCCCAAGUACGAGUACCGAUGGCAGGACGAGCACAAGUACCGAAAACCCACAGCCCUGUCUGCUCCCCAGUACAUGAACCUCCUGAUGGACUGGAUUGAGGUACAGAUCAACAACGAGGACAUCUUUCCCACUAACGUUGGUACUCCCUUCCCCAAGAACUUCCUCCCGGUGGUGAAGAAGAUUCUCUCCAGGCUCUUCCGGGUCUUUGUCCAUGUCUACAUCCACCAUUUUGACAGGAUCACCCAGAUGGGAUCGGAAGCCCAUGUGAACACCUGCUACAAGCACUUUUACUACUUUGUGAAAGAGUUCAAUCUCAUAGACACCAAGGAGCUGGAACCACUGAAGGAAAUGACUUCCCGGAUGUGCCACUGA